AUGGCACCGUCUAUUAUUGCCGAAUCCCCCACCACAGAGGUCGUCGUCCCUAUCAAGGCCGAUUCUGGAAAGAACGAGACAAAGCCCAAAGUGAGAAGAAUCAUUGAUGAGGAAGGUGGGAAAACCACUGCUAGUUAUCCAAACUACCUGCCUACUUGGGAUCAAGAUGAGAAAUACCCUCCUCUCGAACCCUUCACUCAUGUUGAACACGGGAAGGAUGCCGAUCCCUCCUUCAAAGACCUGCUGGUGGAGGGCUCCAAGAUCCAAAAACUCACUCCCACCAUCGGAUCCGAAGUUACAGGUGUCCAGCUGAGCAAACUCACUCCGGCCGGGAAGGAUCAGCUGGCUCUCCUUGUCGCCCAACGAAAGGUCGUUGCCUUUAGAGACCAAGACCUCGCCGAUUUGUCGAUCCAAGAGGCCCUCGACUUUGGAGGCUACUUUGGUCGGCAUCAUAUCCACCCCACGAGCGGAUCUCCAGAGGGUUACCCUGAAAUUCACCUUGUUCACCGGAACAAUAAUGCGUGGGAACAUGAUGAGUAUCUUGCAGCAAAGAAUAGCAGCGUUUCAUGGCAUUCAGAUGUUACAUAUGAGCAACAGCCUCCUGGUACUACGUUCUUGUACCUGCUUGACGGUCCGGAAGUCGGCGGUGAUACUGCUUUUGUGAACCAAGUUGAGGCUUACAGGCGUCUUUCACCAGCAAUCAAGGAGAGACUACAUGGCCUUAAGGCCGUGCAUUCUGGAUUUGAACAGGCUGAGUUUAGCUUGAAGCGUGGAGGAGUUGUGAGACGCGAGCCAAUAAAGAGCGAGCAUCCUAUUGUUAGGACCCAUCCGGUGACUGGCGAGAAAGCGCUCUUCGUCAACGGUGGCUUCACUCGCAGCAUUGUGGGACUCAAAAAAGAGGAGAGCGAUGCCCUUCUGGGCUUUUUGCUGGCUCAUGUCGGUCGCGGCAUUGAUUAUCAGGCCCGUGUUCGAUAUGCUCCCGGAACUGUUGUUGUUUGGGAUAAUCGUGUCACCGCCCACUCUGCGAUUGUGGACUGGACUACUGGUGAGCGUCGUCAUUUGGCACGCAUUACCCCACAGGCAGAGCGCCCUUACGAAACGCCGUAUGUUCCAGAGGAAGAUAAGGAGCAUGAAGCUAAAGCAUGA